GCUCUCCAUGCACCUCACUUGCGCGCGCACACUCGAACUCUUGCACAUCAACGCUUGUUUAAAAAACCCUUGAGACGAUGCCGUGUCGCAUUUCAGCUCGUAGACAGAGGAUGCCCACUGAGUAUAAGUCAGUGCUGGAGAAAAUUCUCAUGGUGGAUCAAAUUCUGUCAGAGUUUUUGUUGAGUAAAGAAGAGCUUGUGGAGGUGAUGAGGAGGAUGCGGAGGGAAAUGGAGAGAGGGCUGCGGGUGGAGACACACGAUGAAGCCAGUGUCAAAAUGCUGCCCACUUAUGUUCGCUCCACACCUGAAGGUUCUGAGGUGGGUGAUUUCCUGGCACUGGAUCUUGGAGGAACAAACUUCCGGGUGAUGCUGGUGAAAGUGGGUGAGGAUGAAGUGCGGGGCUGGAAGGUGGAAACGAAACACCAUAUGUACUCCAUCCCAGAGGACACCAUGACUGGUACAGCUGAAAUGCUUUUUGACUACGUUGCCGGCUGCAUAUCUGAUUUCCUGGACAAGCACAAUCUCAAACAUAAAAAGCUUCCACUGGGUUUCACCUUCUCCUUUCCAGUCCGUCAUGAGGAUUUGGACAAGGGCAUUCUGCUCAACUGGACAAAAGGCUUCAAGGCUUCUGGUGCCGAGGGCAAUAACGUCGUGGGUCUGCUGAGAGAUGCCAUUAAAAGAAGAGGGGAUUUUGAAAUGGAUGUGGUUGCUAUGGUCAAUGAUACAGUAGCCACAAUGAUCUCAUGCUACUAUGAAGAUCGCAGCUGUGAAGUUGGCAUGAUAGUGGGUACCGGAUGUAACGCGUGUUAUAUGGAGGAGAUGCGGACAGUGGAGCUGGUGGAGGGGGAGGAGGGCCGGAUGUGUGUGAACACAGAGUGGGGGGCGUUUGGGGCAAAUGGUGAACUGGAAGAGUUUCGUCUGGAAUACGACCGUGUUGUGGAUGAAACGUCAAUUAAUCCCGGAAAACAGCUGUACGAGAAGCUGAUUGGUGGAAAGUAUAUGGGAGAGCUUGCACGUCUUGUCCUGCUGAAACUAGUGAAUGAAAAUCUGCUGUUUAACGGUGAAGCCUCAGACCUGCUGAAAACACGCGGUUCCUUUGAAACUCGCUUUGUCUCUCAGAUUGAGAGUGACACAGGGGACAGAAAGCAGAUUUAUAACAUCUUAAGUUCAUUGGGAAUCUUACCAUCCGAGCUGGACUGUGACAUCGUACGCCUGGCAUGUGAGAGUGUGUCAACACGAGCGGCUCACAUGUGCGCUGCUGGACUCGCUGGCGUCAUCAACCUAAUGAGGGAACGACGUUGUCAAGAGGAACUCAAGAUCACUGUGGGAGUCGAUGGCUCUGUCUACAAACUACAUCCUUGUUUCAAGGAAAGGUUUCAUAAACUUGUGUGGGAAAUGACUCCUCACUGCGAAAUUACCUUCAUCCAAUCAGAAGAAGGGAGUGGUCGGGGUGCGGCUCUCAUUUCCGCUGUUGCAUGUAAAAUGGCCGGAUGUAUGCUGACGCCACGAUAAACUUAUCACGAAUGAAUUUCAAUGUACCUAAACACUCAUUUAGAGUGUUCCUGGGAAGCUCCUUAUUGUGGUGAAAAUGCAAUUGUUUUUAACAUUGCAUUGCAUGUACUAUAUGAAGGAGGUGGUUUCUGGGCUACAGCCCAUUUCAUUUUUUUUUUUUGCAUGAACCCCCAAUGUAGUCGCCAAAAAUAUGUCAUGUUUCAUUUCAAUAUUAUAAAAAGACAUAAAUUGGCAGUUUAUUGUGAAAUUGGUAAUUUAAUAAUAUGAACUUGAGCACAUUUUAGGUAAUGUUUAUUUUUAAAACAUUGCCUUAUUUGGACUUUUAAUGACUGUUUAAGAAAAAAGUCAGGGGAAGUUGUAAAUACAUAUGCCUGUAUGAAUUGUUUAUUGCUUAUUUUAUUUUAAAAAUGUUUAUAUUCAGGGGCAAAUUUAACUACUAAAUUAUGAGAUGUUUUGUAAAAGUGGAAAUAAUGAAUUACUGUAAGUAAAGCUGCUGUACUACUGAGUAAUAAUACAAGGAUUGUUUAAAUAAACAAUUAUUAGUUCCCUGAAACUAAAACUAUAUUUAAAUGCAUGUUAAAUGUGUGUAAAUAGGAAAAAAUAAAUUGUGAUUGAUUUAUUACAA